AUGGAUCCUGGAAGGAAAGCAAUGAUAGCAGGUCGCGGAUCACCUGCAAGAGACAUUACAGCGCCUCGACGAGAUCAAAACAAUCGCAUAUCGAAAUCUUCAAGACCAACAGGUUCAGGCAGCAGAACUCCCGACUUUCGACCUCCACGAAACAAUGACGCUUUCGAAGAUGAACAAACACGGAAAUGGGUUUCUGAGGAAGAUAGUUUCGUUCUAAAGCAGGCAAAGAAGAAGGCAGACAUACGCGUACGGGAAGGGAGAGCAAAGCCGAUAGAUUGGCUCGCGGUCAUUCUGAGAGUAAUCGACCCAGACAGAGAUUUACUCGAUGACGAUGAAGAGGAGGUUCAGCAUGAGGUCGUAGAUCCAGAAGGAGUUUUUGAAGGUCUCAAUGACGCUCAAUUCAUCGAGCUGGAGAAUGACAUCAACUCUUACCUUGCUUUGGAAAAGAACAAGAAGAAUCAGGAUUAUUGGAAGACAAUGCAGAUCAUCUGCAAUGACCGUCGUCAAAAAUUGAAGCCAAUGGGUCCAGAAGGUCGUGCUGUCAACUCUGUUUCUGCGGAUAUCGAUAAGCUGCUAGGCCCAAAGACAUAUGAGCAGCUGGAGGCUUUGGAGAAGUCAAUCAGAGCGAAACUGCGGUCAAACGAAAAUAUCGACUUCGACUACUGGGAACAAUUACUGCGAAGUCUCCUGAUAUGGAAAGCCAAGGCAAAGCUCAAGAAGGUGUAUCAGUCGGUUCUUGAUAGUCGAUUAGAUACAUUGCGCAAGCAACAAGAGGAAGAUGCACAAGGUGUGCGAGAGAAGAUGCAGGAACUGUUAGGUGGCCCACUUCGAGUUUCCGAGGAAGGUGCCGAACAAUCGACGGAUGUCUCAGAAGUUUUCCGACCUCAAUCCGAUUUCAAAUACUCUCAGAUCUACGAUCCAGAGCCUUUAUUGAAGCUGCAUGCUGAAGACAAGUCGAGUGAGGUGAUUGACGAAUCGGUGUUUCUUCAGAAAGUUGUAGCAGAACGUCGAAAAGUUUUGAAGUUGGGCUAUAUUCCACUGAAACAACAAGCUGCAGAGAAGGGUGCAAGUUCGACCAGCAAGGUUGUCAGUAUCGCAACUACUUCAGCUGCACCUCCAGGAACUCAACGAUUCUCCACUGCCCCCAACGAAGAUUUCUCUCAGGCAACAAAAGCAUUAUAUGAGCGAGAAGUUGCUCGGGGUGUUGACGAGGACGAAGAAAUCUUCACUGGAGAGGAAGCAGUUGCAACGGCAGAUCAACCACAAUGGGCAGACAAAUACCGACCAAGAAAACCAAGGUACUUCAAUCGUGUACAGAUGGGAUAUGAAUGGAACAAGUACAACCAGACUCACUACGACCAUGAUAAUCCUCCGCCAAAAGUUGUGCAAGGUUACAAGUUCAACAUUUUCUAUCCGGAUCUCAUCGACAAGAGCAAAGCACCGACAUUUAAGAUUAUAAGGGAGCAUGGCCGCAAGAGAGGCGAAUCCUUCGCACCCGCCGGAGAGGAAGAUACUUGCCUAAUCCGCUUCAUUGCAGGACCCCCGUACGAAGACAUCGCUUUCCGCAUUAUAGACAAGGAAUGGGACUAUAGUGCGAAGCGGGAUCGUGGGUUCAAAAGCAGCUUUGACAAGGGCAUACUUCAGCUCCACUUCCAGUACAAGAAGAUAUACUACAGGAAGUGA